AAUUACUUUUUCAUUCAAGUAAAUAAGUUUGUUUGUGCUUUAUGUGGAAAGACAUAAAUUCUUAUAUUUUAUGCAGCUACAUAUAAGGCAUCUUUGGUAGGGUUUUUGACAUUUGUUAUAAAUUUAUAUUUAUCAUUCAUAGAAAUAGUUUCAUUAGAAGCCAUAAAUAUUCUUUUGGAGGAAAAUAAUAAAAGUAGAGAGAUUGAGUUUUUUUUAAAAAGUGUCCCAUUUUAAGAUACUCAUAAUCUAGUUAUAAAUAGAGUUAUUGUGCUUUGUAGCAUUCUCUCAAUACAACUUUAUAAUCUAUGACAAAAUCCAAAACCACUCUUUCAAAGUUAUUGGCAGAAGCUAAAUUUAGCCAAGAAUGUGAGGAGUUGAUGUCUUCUCUUCCUAAAGACAGAAGCUUCUUUGCAGAGUAUCUCUAUCAAUACCAAGGGUUUUGGUACCCACCAAAUAUCUUAGAAGGUGUUCUAUACAGCCAGAAGCAUUUUCAGGCCAAAGAUUCAGACAUCAUCCUUGUAAGUAGUCCUAAGUCAGGUACAACUUGGUUGAAAGCGCUUGUCUUUGCUCUGAUUCACAGACAUGAAUUCCUAACCCCUCUAGAAUCCCAUCCUCUGCUCGAUAACAACCCCCAUUCUCUCGUGCCCUUUAUCGAAGGUUUCCAGUUUCACACUCAAGAUACUUCUCCUAAGAUCUUCUCCACACACAUUCCUCUGAGAUCACUCCCUGCGUCCAUUAAGGACUCUUCCUGUAAAGUUGUGUACUGCUGCAGGAACCCGAAAGAUGCUUUUGUCUCGAUUUGGCAUUUUUUGAAAAGUCUGAUGCUCAAGGAGAUGGUUGGAUGCACAAUCGAGGAAAUGGUCAGUGGGUUUUGCAGAGGGUCAAGUGUUUAUGGACCCUUUUGGGAUCAUGCAUUAGAGUACUGGAAAGAGAGCCAAGAAAACCCGGACAAGGUUCUGUUUGUUAUGUAUGAAGAGAUGAGAGAGCAGCCUCGAGAUUGGGUGAUGCGGAUCGCUGAGUUCUUGGGAUGUUCUUUUACAGAAGAAGAGAUAGAGAAUGGAGUUUUGGACAGUAUCAUAAAGCUGUGUAGUCUUGAGAAUCUGAGUAAAUUGGAGGUUAAUGAGAAAGGCAAGUUAGUGAAUGGGAUGGAGACUAAGGCAUUUUUUAGGAAAGGUGAGAUUGGUGGAUGGAGUGAUACUUUAACUCCUUUAUUAGCAGAGGAAAUUGAUAAAACCACUGAGCAGAAAUUAUUUGGUUCUGGUUUUAGAUUCUUUUGCUAAGAAUCUGCUCUGGUUCAACUCAUUUCUCAAUGUAUUGAUUUAGACUUUAGUUGGUUUAAUAUGCAUCAAUACAACAACUAAGGUUGUUGAGUUAUUGUAAUUGACCUAACUGGUCUGUUGACAAAUAAAACUGAUGUAAAUCUUUUAUUUAAGUUAUAUAAAAACAUAUUUG